AGUUGUGUUCCAUUAAGGGAAAAAAGUGGGGAGAAUAAGUUGUGACAAGUGUGGACUCACUUUUGCUUCGAAUUAUUCACUCAGACGACACCAGAACUACGUUAAAGAUUGUUCCAACCGAACCCAAUUAGCUCGUUUAAUAAGAAUACGUCAAAAGCACCCCCGCUUUAAGCGUACCGGACCAAUUAAACCCAAAACCCAAACGUACUCUGAGCGUCACUACGAGCAACACAUGAAAAGUCACUUUCACUUGUCCCCUGCCCCCAAAGGGAGUCGUAAUUCUAGGAAGGCAAGAAGAGUAGUAAAGUGUGACAAGUGUAACGUCACAUUUCUUUACACUAGAUCAUUGCGACGACACUUACAAAAUAAAACUUGUGAACGUCGUACUUGUCCCGUUUUCACAUGUCGCAAAUCGUUCCUCAGUCCUCCCUCCUUGCAAGUUCACAUUAGGCUUGUUCAUGACCAGAAGGUCGGGGACGAAGGUGGGAGUCAGUGCGCCAUUUGCGGGGAGAGUUUCGACCUCGGCAACAAACUUUACGCCCACUUGGCGCUAAAACAUGCAUCCCAGGAUGACGUUGAGGAAGAGAACAGCGUUGUCUUAGUAAAAGAUGAAGAAAUGAUUAUUAAAGAAGAGCUGGACGUGGAUGAUUAUGAAAGCUCGUUGUUAUCGGAACUAGACGCGGAAGGUGCUGACAUGGUGGGUGGCGUGAAACUGGAAGGCGAUGAAAUGGAAGAGUUUUAUGAGAAUGGUGUUAAGAAUAACGGGAUUUUCGACAUUCUUGACCCCGAUGAAGAUCAUAAUAGUGUUGACGAUUUAUGAAUGCAAAAAAUGUCUGACGAACUUUUUUUAGAUUGUAAAUUUUUAUAUAAUUUCUAAUUAGCAUGUGAGAAUGAUUGGACAGUCAAAUCCUUAUCUGAGUGGUAUUCUAUUUAUGAAAAUUAUGUAUUUACAUACAUACUACAGAGAUGAGAUUAUUGGAUUCUACGGCAGAAUUUGUAUUAAGAAAACUGACAAUAAUGUAUUUUAUACAAGACUUAUAAAUUUUUGCUAAAUUUGCAAUGUUGUAAUUUAUAUAUUUAUCAUGUUGAUGUAAAGUAAAUAAGUGGUCAAAUACAUAUUCGGAAUCAAUUUC